AGAAACUUUCUUGUUUGGAGUAAAUAAAGUGAUUUUCUCGAAAGUGUUCGUUUGAAUUUUGUAAUUGCGUUUGAAAUCAUUUGCGCUCAGACAUUUCUACGGUUUUAGACGCAAUUUUUGUUUUCAAUUUUAGACGCAAAUCUAACAAAUUGCUUACCAUAAUUAAUAUCAUAAGUAUAAUUUCUCUCUUUUAAAUUUUAGUUAUCAGUUCAUAAAUAAUUUUUCAUAAUUUCUGUCUUACCUUCAUAUCUUCAAAAAUGGCAUUAAUGACAGAGGAGCGAAGGAAAGAAAUGGAGGAGGAAAUGAGCAGAUUUGAGCUUGAAAUUGCAGUACCUGGGGAAAAUAAACCUACUCCUCCAGCCAUUGUUCUAAAUGACAAGCCUUUGUCUCCUCCACCAGCACCACCGUUAGUAACUGCAUUGAUUCCUGAAGUUUUAAGCAAGGCUCCUCCACCUCCACCACCGCCACCUCUGUCUCCUCCUGUUCAUGCAGUUUUAUGCCCUCCACCUCCUCCUCCUGUUUUGCCUGCACCGCCUCCUCCUUCACCAGGAACUAUAAGAUUUAUACCUCCUCAGUUGCACCGACAUCCUCCAAGACCUCCAGUGCGUCCAAAUUUUGUAACAAUUCGGGGACUGCCAAUGGGAGGACCUCCAGGAUCAUUUCCUCCUGGCCCUAUGGGUCCUUUUGGCCCACCACUAGCCCAAGGACCUCCUGUGAAUGCAUCUCCUAUUGCUGGACCUCCUAUGCCACCUGCAGGUGCCAUGCAUCCUAUGCCACCUGGUCCGAUGCCACUGCCACCAGGUCCUAUGCCAGUGCCGCAUCAGAUGGGAAAUAUUGGUGCUAGUCUUCCUAUGCCUCCUGGAUUUUGUCCACCUAUGGGUCCACCUCCAAAUCUUAGAUGUGAUUCACAAAAUUUUAUGUCAACUAGUGUGACUCAAAACUAUGAUUCUAUUGCAACUACUACAGAAUCACAAAGCACGAGUGAAGAUUCUACAGUUGUUGCUUCCGCUCCUGCUGUCUAUGCUGCUCCAUUUAUGAAAACCCAUUCAGAUAAUGCUAUGGAAAUGCAUUCUUCAACAAAUGGGCAAGAUCAUUCUGUUUCUGUUGUAACAGCACCUGCUGUUCAAAAAACUGAUAAACAAUCAACUGUAAAAAUUGCUGAUGAACCCACAGUUGGACCUACUGCACCACCUACAUCUAUUAAUGAGGAAACUGUUGUAAGUAAAAAGAAAGAGAAAAAAAAGAAAAUUGUUCGUAUGGCUGGUGGUCAAGCAUGGGAGGACAAUUCUUUGUUAGAAUGGGACUCAGAUGACUUCAGGAUUUUCUGUGGAGAUUUGGGAAAUGAUGUCACUGAUGAAGUUUUAAUUAGAGCAUUCAGCAAAUAUCAGUCUUUUGUGAAAGCUAAAGUAAUACGUGAUAAGAGAACAAAUAAAACUAAAGGUUAUGGUUUUGUUAGUUUCAAAGAUCCACAGGAUUUUAUCAAAGCAAUGCGUGAAAUGAAUGGUAGGUUGAAACUAUAUAUACCGUGCCUGGAUGUGGAGUAUCUUGAAUUCAGUGGUGUAGUAGUAGUGUCUUGAGUUCAGAAAUUAGCUCGAUGAGAGUGAGUGACCGACUCUGGAACUGUAAUUUAGUGCUUUGCUGUUAUAACAUGAAGUUGCUGAUUGUUUCAAUGGGUUUAUCAUAGUUUUUCAGCGACAGUGUCUUUGGAAUAGUCCUGUGUAAUACUGACAAAUAAAUUGUGUUUUGAUUCUUCAUGUAGUGUUAUCAUCAAUUAUUCCAAAUCCACGAACCUGCAUAACGCAACAAUAUUUUAUAGCUCACAUAGCCUGCCCUUCAGAAAGAAAAGGGCUUAGCAACAGAAAAG